AUGAAGGCGCUCUUCCAGGAAGUCGACAAUCAUGACUGCCGUCGCUUCGUCGCCGGAGCCGAACCGGCGGAAGACCGGGAUUACAACCCGCGGGACGAGGAACUCAGGUCACUGUGGGACCGGAUACACCCCGACCGCGAUUUCGACAGCAAACAGUCGUAUCGCAUCGGCCUGGCACAGCGGAAUCUGUACAAGUGGCUGAGGCCUGGAGAACCGGCCGUGCAGGUGGAUGCUGCGUGCACCUUCGUGCUGAACCACUUUUACGACGGCCGACGUUUCGACCUGGGAGAAGUCGGGCGCGUCAAGGUUGACCAACGCCUGGGCCGAGCCAGCUCGCAGAUCCUUUCCGAGCAUCACAAAAAGAUACUAGACCUCGUCCGUAACCAAGCCGAAACGGACGACGGUGUGAGCCCGGCAGAAAUCUUCGCCGCGUCGGGCCGGGAGCACCGGAUCCUUUCGGACCGGGACGUGGAUGCUCUGAUCAAUUACGGGGUGCGCGUGGCCGGCGAGCUCAUGCGCGACCAGGUACGAAUCGGCCUGCUGCGCAUGCACCGGAUGUUCCAGGACCGGGUGGGCCGUCUUGAGAAACCCGAGGACGCCGUGCCGGCGAAAUUGGUAAACGUCCGACCGGUGACGGGGGCGAUCAGGGAGUUCUUUGGCGGCGACAAGCUGUCCCAGUUCAUGGAUCAGACCAACCCGUUGGCGGAGUUGACCCACAAGCGCCGCCUCUCGGCCCUGGGUCGCGGCGGCCUCACCCGCGAGCGCGCGGGGUUCGACGUGAGAGACGUGCACGCGUCGCACUACGGACGGAUCUGUCCCAUCGAGACCCCGGAAGGAGCCAACAUCGGGUUGUUGAGCAGCCUGGCUGCCUAUGCCCGCAUCGACCGGCUGGGAUUUAUCGAAACCCCGUACUGGCCCGUCAUCAAGCAACUCCGCCCGGAGAGUGUUCAAUACCUGACCGCCGAUCUUGAAGAACAAUUCCGGAUCGCGCAGGCCAACUCCGGAUUUGACGAUUUCUACCAAUUCACCGACGAGUUGGUAGAAGUGCGAGAGGGAGACAACUAUCGUCUGGCUCCGCCGGCCACGGUGGAAUACGCCGAUGUGUCGCCGCUCCAAAUCAUGAGCGUGUCGGCCGCGUUGAUCCCAUUCCUCGAGCACGACGACGCCAACCGCGCCCUGAUGGGUUGCAACAUGCAGAGGCAAGCAGUGCCGCUGCUCCAGCCUCAGGCGCCCAUCGUCGGCACGGGCAUCGAGAGCCGCGUGGCCAGGGAUAGCGGCCAGGUGUUGCUUUCGCGCGUCCAGGGCUCGGUGGUGUCCGUAAAUGGACGCGAAAUCCUGGUGGUGGACGAUGCGGGCCAAGAGCACGCGCACCGUCUGAUCAAGUUCGCGAGGACCAACCAGGGCACCUGUCUGAACCAGCGUCCCGUCGUUCAGAAGGGAGACCGCGUCAACGCGGGAGAAACGCUGGCCGAUAGCUCAUCUACCGACGGCGGCGAGCUGGCGUUGGGUCAGAACGUGCUGGUGGCGUUCAUGUCGUGGGAGGGAUACAACUACGAGGACGCCAUCAUCAUCAGCGAACGGCUGGUGAAAGACGACCAGUUCACUUCAGUGCACAUCGAAAAGUACGAAGUCGAAAGCAGGUCCACCAAACUGGGCGACGAGGAAAUCACCCGAGACAUUCCCAACGUGGGUGAGGGCAACCUGAGGGACCUCGACGAACGCGGGAUCAUCCGGAUCGGCGCGGACGUCGGCCCGGGCGACAUCCUGGUGGGCAAGGUCACGCCGAAAGGCGAAACCGAAAUGACGGCCGAGGAACGACUGCUGCGCGCCAUCUUCGGCGAAAAGUCCAAGGAUGUCAGGGACACCUCUCUGCGCGUACCGCACGGUCAACGCGGCAAGGUUAUCGGCGUCAAGGCGCUGAGCCGCGAAAAGCGGGGCGCCGAGCAACCUGGGGACCAGCUGCCGCCGGACGUGAACGAGGCCAUACGGGUCUGGGUUGCGCAAACGCGCAAGAUCUCCGUUGGUGACAAGAUGGCCGGACGACACGGUAACAAGGGAGUGGUGUCGCGCAUCCUUCCGGAAGAGGACAUGCCGUUCCUCUCCGACGGGACACCCGUAGACAUCAUCCUCAACCCCAUCGGCGUGCCCUCACGCAUGAACCUCGGCCAGGUGUUGGAAAGCCACCUCGGUUGGGCGGCGCGCAGCCUGAACUUCCAGGCCUUGACGCCCGUGUUCGAAGGGGCCGACGACAACAAUAUCGAGGACUCCCUGGCGCGCUGGUGGUUCGCCGAGCAAUCCAAAGCCACAAACAACAGUGCCGACCCGGAAGGCGAAAUCGACCUGAAAAAGGUCUACGCCUGGUUGCGUGAGCAAGGCUUUGAUCCUGCGGAGAUCUACGAUGAGACCCAGCGUGGCAAGGCGCGCCACGCGUGCUUGUACCUCUGGCUGAGGGACGUGGCCGGCCGGAACCCGGACGGGCUGAGCUUGGCUGAUCUUCAUCAGAUGGCGCUGGAAGUACACCGCGACAAGCUCAUUUCGCCGCCCACCUUCGCAAAAUUCCAACUCUUCGACGGGAGGUCCGGCGAAGCUUUCGACCAGCCGGUCGCCGUCGGAAGCAUUUACAUGCUCAAAUUGAUCCACCUGGUGGAAGACAAGAUCCACGCCAGGUCCACCGGUCCCUACUCAAUGAUCACGCAGCAGCCGUUGGGCGGCAAGGCCCAGUUCGGCGGCCAGCGGUUCGGCGAGAUGGAGGUUUGGGCCCUGGAAGCCUAUUCGGCCGCGCACAACCUCCAGGAGGUGCUGACAAUCAAAUCCGACGACGUGACCGGUCGGGUAAAUACUUACGAAUCCAUCGUCAAGGGCAAUCCCAUAACCCAGCCCGGCAUCCCCGAAUCCUUCAACGUCUUGCUCAAGGAGCUCCAAAGCCUGGGGCUGAACGUGAGACUGGAGGACGAAGAGGAGCAGGAAGACGGCAGUUUGGGUCUGCCUGGCGAAGACGACUAUCUCUUCACCGCGGAGGUCAAUUAG